UAGUUCAGUUUUGUGCUGGUUUUAGUAGAGUUACUGUCGCGAAAAUGUUGUUAAAAAUAAUACAAAUUAUAUUUGUUCUAAAUAUUUCUGCGCUUCUUUGUGAUGCCACCAAGCGAAGGACAGAGUUCUAUGAAGCUAAUGCAUUUCCCUCGCCGUUAGACGACUUAAAAACGGAACCGUAUCGAAAGAUCGUAUCACACUCGCACCCUCGCAGUUGUGCCGAAGCAACAGCACAUUCGUUAAAUAGUGGAAUCUACGAGAUUCAAAUUCCCAAUCACAUUCAACAUCCUUUUAAAGUGCUCUGUGAUGCAACCACUCAGGGAGGUAAUUGGACUGUAAUUUUAAAACGAACGGAUGGAAGUGUGGACUUUUAUCGAAAGUGGAAUACCUACAAAAAGGGAUUCGGCGACCUAGAUGGCGAAUUCUUUUUGGGAUUGGAUAAAAUACACGCACUGACAGCGGAGUUCAGCCAGGAGUUGAUAGUGAUUCUAGAAGAUUUUGAGGGAAACAAAGCUUACGAGACGUUUGAGAAAUUUGCGAUUGGCGACGAGGAUGAAGAGUACGCAAUUCACACGUUAGGCGAAGCCCACGGCACUGCGGGUGACUCGCUCAGUGAUAAUUUUCGCCAGAAAUUUACAACCUUUGAUCGGGAUCAUGAUACAUGGAGCAAGGGCAAUUGUGCUGAGAGUCAAAAAGCCGCCUGGUGGUAUCAUAGUUGUUCGAAAUCACAUUUGACUGGUAAAUACAAUGGGUUAAACUUCUCAGGCAUUUACUACGAGAAGUUUAACGGAUUUGAGUCCCUUAAAAGAGCUACUAUGAUGUUACGUCCAAGGACGACUUUCUAGAUUGUGUCAAAGCAUGUAAGAAAGUGUGAGAUACCCGCUACCCUGUUUCAAUAAAACCAUAUUCUAAAAAUAUACCAAAUUAAUAUACCGAAAUAAUACUAAAAACAGCCAAAGGUUAUAUUUGGUAUAUCGAUGUAGAACUGCAUUCCAAGCCAACUAAAUUUUCAGGACUCAUAAAUACUGUUGUUAAAAGACUCUACCUUGCUUUUCGAUUUGCGAAAGAGGCCGUAGUAACAAUCAAAUUAAAUUAU